CUGGUGGAGACUUUUGCAAGUAAAGAGCGAGGAAAUUGGCUGGUUGGAUUUUUUUCAUUCAUCCGCCGCAUCUCACGUCAAUUAUUUCGCAAAAAGUGAAAGUGCCAGAAGGGACCUUACACAGCCCACAAGACAUACUCCAGAAGAUAAUUCUCAACGAAAGGAAAACACAGCAAAAUGGCUCCAAGGAAGGUGUACGUGGUUGGAUGCGGAAUGACAAAGUUUGAAAAGCCGGGAAAGAGGCAAAAUUUUGAUUAUCCCGACAUGGCUAAGGAGUCCAUAACGAAGGCUCUACAGGAUGCCCGGUUGGAUUAUUCAGCCGUUCAGCAGGCAUUUGUGGGGUUUGUCUACGGGGACUCGUGUAGUGGGCAAAGGGCUCUGUAUGACAUUGGAAUGACCGGGAUUCCCAUUUACAAUGUUAACAAUAAUUGCUCCACCGGGUCAACUGCCCUCUUCCUGGCCAAGCAGCUCGUUGAGGCAGGAACAAUUGAUUGUGCCCUUGCUGUGGGUUUUGAGAAGAUGGAGAGGGGUUCAUUGAGUGCAAAGUAUUUAGACAGAGCAAAUCCCAAUGAGAAGCAUGUGGGGCUCAUGGGGGAGCUGCAUGACAUCACGGGGAAUCCACUAACAGCCCAACUCUUUGGCAAUGCUGGGUUGGAGCAUAUGAAGAAGUAUGGCACAAAGCCGGAACAUUUUGCCAAGAUUGCCUAUAAGAAUCACAAGCAUUCCGUCAAUAAUCCUUACUCACAGUUCCAAGAUGAAUACAGCCUGGAGCAGAUUAUGAAAUCCCACUCAGUGCAUGAUUUCAUGACGAAACUCCAGUGCUGCCCAACGAGUGAUGGAUCAGCUGCAUGCAUCCUCGCUUCGGAGGACUUUGUGAAGCGUCAUGGGCUUGAAUCACAAGCUGUGGAGAUUGUUGGCAUGGAAAUGGCCACAGAUCUCCCGUCGACAUUCCAAGAGAGGAGUAUGAUGAAGGUUGUUGGCUACGAUAUGACUCGCCAUGCGGCACAGAAGCUCUUUGAGAAGUCAGGGUACAAGCCAACGGAUGUUCAGGUUGUUGAACUUCAUGAUUGCUUCUCAGCCAAUGAGUUAAUAACGUACGAAGCUCUCGGGUUGUGUCCUCCCGGGAAGGCUGGAGAGCUAAUUGAUCGUGGGGAUAACACAUACGGUGGGAAGUAUGUUGUAAAUCCCAGUGGGGGCCUUAUUUCGAAAGGACACCCUCUUGGGGCAACAGGCCUUGCUCAGUGCUCCGAACUCUGUUGGCAGCUUCGCGGGAAGGCCGACAAGAGGCAGGUGAAAGACGUUAAACUUGCCCUUCAGCACAAUUUGGGACUCGGUGGGGCUGUUGUGGUCUCCCUGUAUCGUCUUGGUUUCCCCGGGAAACAAUCCCCAUCCGCAGCUCCAGCGGCAUCAAAAGGAGGUGCAAAUAGUAAAGUUAAGCCCACUCCGGAUGGCUUCAAAGUCUCCCCGUACAUGGAAUUCCUCAAACAAGCCAUGGAGGAGGAUCAGGAGAAUCUUGUGGAGAAAUUCCGUGGGGUUUAUGGAUUCCGCGUUACAGGAGGCCCCAAUGGGCAAGAAGGCUACUGGAUUAUCGAUGCAAAACGCGGGAAAGGAACUGUGAUCUACAAUGGAGGAGUUAAAUGCGACGUGACCAUCAUUAUCAAUGACAAUGAUGUAACGGAGCUCCUUUCGGGCAAUCUUAACCCCCAGAAGGCCUUCAUGACGGGCAAAGUGAAAAUUCAGGGCAAUAUGGGGCUGGCAAUGAAGCUCGUUGAGCUCCAAAAGAUUGGCCUGCAGAAACUCGGGCAGAUGAAGUCCAAACUCUAAAGGAAAAAAAAACUGGGCAAAGGAGGAAGUUUUGUUGAAUUUAAAUUUUUAUCGUCUACGGUGUGUGUGAAUGGUAAGUUCUUUUGCAAUAAUUUCAUUUUAUUUUUUUAUUUUUACAAAAAAUAAUUCAGGGUGAGAGGCAAAAUGAGCUUUUUUUAUUUUAUAUACAUUUUGUUAUAUAAUUUGUAAAAUAUAAUAAAAUCUACAACAGUUUUAUGGUGGAGAGAAACCUAAAAAAACAAAA